AUAUACCACGUAUAAAAAGUAAUUCAUUAUACCAAAACUCGAAAAUAAAGCCCAAAGGACUCGCUUCGUACUAGGCGUGACCGUCCAUCUGUCACUGACGUGGUUUUAGUGCAAGUCUGCAAUGCGCGCGUGUGUCCGUGUCCCUUUGUUACCAUGGUUACAUAUUUUCCUUCAAACAUGGCCGUGGGAGAGCAAGCGCUGAAACAGCAGUUCACCUUCAGUCUGCUUCCUUCCAAAGUCUUUGCUUUCACCCAGGACAGACAAACCACAGAGUUCUUCAUGAAAUGGUCUAUGCUGGGGAGAAUCUCUGCGCAAGCAUUUACGUUUGACCAGUUGUUUCACCCUUACAGGAAACAUGAUUUUGUAUCAGAUUUCUUCAGAGAUCCAAAUGUUAUCUCCAAUUUGAAGGUGAUUGAUCCUUUGGAAUUGUGGAAACCUUUUGAAAGAGAUGUUGCCAGUGUAAAUGUGGAAAUCAUUCCAUGCACAAAGGUUUCAAUGGAUAUUUUUGACCCCUUAUACAAUAGUGGAAUAUUACACCCUAAUGGUCAUAUCGUAAAAUGUUUACAUGAACACUACACUGACUUUGAUGAGCUGAAAAAAAUGCUUCUUAUAGAGGAUUCUGAAAAUUAUGAAAUAAUCAGCCUGGAAAAUCGUGUAGAAUUUCUGUUCAGACUCUUCAAGCACAUCUGCUUAGGUGGUGAGCUUUGCCAGUAUGAGGAUGUCAUCGGUCCUUACAUUGAGACAACCAGAUUGAUAUACAAAGAUCUAGUUAGUGUUCGGAAAGAUCCGGAUACUAAAGAAAUCACCGUCGUUUCAACUGUGUUGAAAGUAACUGCCUGUGAUCAAUCUGGCUUGUGCUACCCUUCAAGAACUAGAGAAGAGCAGAAUUUUGUCUAUUUAAUUGUCGACCCUCUGAAGCGGCACGUGCAUGUUCUGUACCAUUCCUUUGGAGUUGGGCUUUUUAAAACCUGAGAUUAAUGGAAUGUCAAAUUAUAAAAUAUGUAAAUGCCACUGGCCUACAGUAACAGGCAGCAUAAAACUACAGAUGCAAUGGCAGAAGUCAUUUUUUUCUUAUCGUAAUUUCUUUUUUUUUUGUCGUCACAGUUACAUAGUAUUAAAGAUGUGUAUAGCCUAAUAAUAAUAGAGCACGUGAUCUAGCUCUAGUUUUCGAGUGUUUUAUCCAUUGUAGGUAAAUUCUAGGUUUUUAUAAUGUUUUAUUGUUCAGACCACUAUUGCACUAAAAUAAACUAUUUAACGACAAAUA